UAACGCCCAUCUUUGAUGUCCUGCUUGCGUUUAGACAACGGCUACAUCGAAGGGAAGGAGCUUGACAACUUUUUCCAUCAUCUCCUGGAGAAACUGAGGCCAGAUGACACCAUCACAGAAGAAGAAGUUCAGAGGAUGAAGGAGCAGUUCAUGUCUGCCUAUGAUGUCACCACAGAUGGCCGCUUGCAAAUCCAAGAGCUUGCAAAUAUGGUCUUACCAGAUGAUGAAAACUUCCUGCUGCUUUUCCGACGAGAGACUCCCUUGGACAACAGUGUGGAGUUCAUGCGGAUCUGGCGCAGUUACGAUGCUGAUAGCAGUGGAUUUAUUUCAGCUGGAGAACUCAAAGAUUUCCUGCGAGAUCUCUUCUUGCAGCAUAACAAGGUGGUUACUGAAGUAAAGUUGGAAGAGUACACUGAUACAAUGAUGAAAAUCUUUGACAAAAACAAGGAUGGACGUCUGGACCUGAAUGACCUGGCAAGGUAGGCUUCAAUGACAUUGAUGCAGUUUUUCAGCUUGCAAUGACACAUCCGGGCAAAGUGGUAACUUUCAGCAAUAAUAUCUCUCUGGAGACAUGCAUUUGAAUCCUAAAUAAAAUCAGGCUUUCUGAUGUAGGCAUCCUGGGUCUCUAAAGCAUGGUUAACACUGUGAUAUUCUGUGAAGAUGUGGCUGAGGUGGCACUGCCAGUGUGCUUGGUCAUGUCAGCAGGGGAGAAUUUGGAGACACAAGAGGAAGAUGCUU